UCAGUUUAGUGAGAAAUUUUUGAGCUGUAACUAGAAAAAUAAUAUAUUUUUUAAAUAUGAAUUUACUAAUAAUCACUGUGUGCGUUUUGAUAGAAGCGACAGUGAUAAUGACAGCGAAACCAGCAAGAUUAUCUGUAACAAACUCUCCUGCAACUUUAAAUCAGGGUAAAUUUUAUGCAUAUACCUACAAGUAUAAUCCCAGUCCUUCUACUACACCCUUUAGUACAAGAUCAACGUCAACGCCAACGCCAUACUAUUCACGAUCAAAAAAGUCUCUUUACAAUUACAAUUAUAAUACUGAUACCAGUAUCCAGGCUCAAGAACAAAAUUAUCUCAAUAACUUGAGCACGGAUCAAGAGACUCUGAAAGAGCGAGGCAGCUAUAAUUAUAUUGACAAUGACGGCAACACUUUCCAAGUAUCACAUAUAGCCCAUGAAGAUGGAUUUCAGCCGAAGGAUGCUCACUUGCCUACAUUACCAUCACUAAUCAAGAAGGCUCUUCAGAACAUCGCCGAAUAUUCCAAAAGGAAUGGGAAAGAAUAAAAAUGUUAAAUAUUGCGGAAAUAUCGUAAAAUUAUGAAUGAGAUCUCAUAAGAUGACAGAUUGAAGAAAAAGUAUGUUUUUGAUGUUUAAUAUAUUUUUAAGGAUUUAUAUAGCUGCAGAAACAAAAUUUAUUUCCAAACCUGC